CAAAUCGCCCAUUGGAUUGGUAAUAUUGUCAGUCAUCCCGACUUUGCGAUUUUGGUCGGAACGCUUGGUCAAGCUAGCAUAUUGUUUUUGUGUUUCUGAGUGUCGGUUUCUCGCUUCUCUCGUUUCGUGUCGUCAGUGCUUCCUGCAGUGAUUUUGACGUUCGGCGAACCUUGUUGACAGUGUUCGAGAAUAUUCGGUCUAAACACCCCAUCAACAUGUCAGUUGAAGAAAAAUUCAACGCGGCUGUGAAUGUUAUAAGGAACCUGCCAAAAAAUGGAGCUUAUCAGCCAAGCAACGAACUUAUGCUCCGUUUCUACAGUUAUUACAAACAAGCGACAGAAGGGCCUUGCCAAAAUCCAAAACCAGCUUUUUGGGAAGUGGUCAAAAAGGCAAAAUGGGACGCUUGGAUGCGUUUAGGCAACAUGAGUCGCAUGGAAGCUAUGAAUAAUUACGUCGAUGAGCUGAAAAAGAUUGUCGAGACAAUGUCCUACACCGAUAAUGUGGCAAAUUUCCUUGGAAGUUUGGAUGCAUUCUACGAAAGUGUUCCUGCUGAUGACUUGGAAUUAUUAGUGGGUCCAGUUUUGGAACGUAUGCGUUCUCAACCUGGUUCGCCAUUAUCUGGCUCACCACUAGGAUCGCGAGAGACUUCGCCAAACAGAGUGCGUACAUCGAGACACAUAACAAGUAGUUUGGAAACGACUCCAGCAAGUAGUCAUAGUGCGAGUCCUUUGCCUCCCGAUACGGAUGGUGAAGAAGAUGAAUUUAAAGAUACCGUUGAAUCGGCACCUGAACGAUCGCAAAAAGAUUUAACAAAGUCUUCCACUGGUGUUCAACAGCAGAUAAUUAACUCUUACAAUAAAUCUAACAAGCCUAACGCUGUGACAAAAGAAAAUCCAUCAGAACUCAUUAACGGCUAUUCUCAUGUGAACGGUUACACUGACAGUUCAGAUGCAAAACAGGAGAGGGGAAGACCCAGAGCAAGAAAAGAGGACAAGGGAGAUGCAGUGUUUUUCAAUCAGAUCGCUUGUACGAUGCAAAAUUUGCAGAAGGACCUAGACAGGAUAACUGCGAGAGUUCGUAAUUUGGAGGGCCAAGCCUUGGCAGGUUUGGCACCACAGCCAGAUCAGAGGAGGAGUGGUAUCACCAAGUGGUGGCCACUGUCCGAAUGUUCCCCGCGAAUGUUCACUGUACUGAUUCUUUGGCCGUUUGUUGCGCAAGCCUUGGUUUCGUAUGCACAACGCUAUCGCCAGAGAAAACUGUGAUUUUUAUCCUAAAAAACACAAUGUUUUACUAAAAAGCAGAGAUUCCUGGAAUCCCAGUCUUCAAGUGGGUUCUAUUAUUGGCUAUCGAUCCAAGAUUAGGAUUAAGGGUGUAUACUGUAUAUAGUUGGAAGUUCAUAUAAAUAUAUACAUAGGUAAAUUCUAAGGAGCCGAAGAUAAUAGCAACAUUCCAGGUUUGUAUCUUCCGCAAUCUAGAAAGUGUAACACGGCUACAAAACAGUUUUUAUAAACCUAGCUUGAACUUUUUAAUGCAAUACGAAGUGUUCUCAAUUAGCUAGGAAAAAAAUAUAUCGAUUGGCUGGGUCCGAUAAGUAAUUCACCGUCUCUAUAUUGUGAAAUGGGAAGCGUUACUUGUAAUCAGAAAAGAUCAUUGGUAUCAAGGGUGUUAUUAAGGUGAUUUUUAAGACAAAUUAUUGUACGUAUAUUAUACAACGCUAUGAAAAAUUGUAAUAUAUUUAGUUUUACCCGAGAAUAUCGAAAGUUUUGUACCUUAAGCAUGUGUUAUUGGUUUAGAUUUUAUAGAACCCUUUGUUAAACUAGUGUGAUAUACAUCUUGUCUUUUGCUUCUAAUUUUUUCUUACGAUUAGAACAUUAAUUCGAAUACUUUUAAAUACGGGACUGAGAGUUUUCUUUUUGUUCUCAAAUUUAUUCUUUUCAUAUGUAAUUCUUUGUAUGGCUGUGCAAAAUUAAGUCAAUUUGGAAAAAAUAUAUAUAUAUUACCUGUUUUUGUAACUGGUUUUGAACUAGGUUUUAAAAUUAAAAAGCAGAUCACUUUAAGCCUUAAUUUUAAGAGGAUUAUUUGUAAAAUAUUUGUUACAUAGCACUGAUUUUUUUUUUUAUUGAUUUGUAUAUUAUUUUGCGAAGAAAAACAAUUGUCGAUAAAGCUUGUGAAAAUGUUUUGUUUUUUCCCCUGUUGUAAACAUAUGAUCUGUGAUCUUAUGUUGAUUGGUCACACUUUUUUUUAAGAUUACGAGAAGGUUCAUUGGCCGGACAGAAUGAAACAGAAAAAGAUUAAAGACGGAGUAGUGAGGCUGCGCGAAAGUGAAAGUAGAUGAAAGUAUGGAAAGAUUUCUGUCGUACAAUUCAGAGGAAAUCGAAUUUUAUUGACAACAGAUCGUUUUGGUCUUCCCAUUCCGUAUUAUGACUUAAGUUUUAAUUAUUUAUUCCAAAAAUUUGCAUUUUUAAGCUCCGUAUGUAUAUUUGAUCAAAACUUUUUAAUAAAUUGCUGUUCCAUUUU